AAUAUAUUUAAAAUUUAGCUCCAUUUUCAGAAAAGUGACAAUUCAGGCUUAAAAGAGUGGUAGACAGUACAAAUUUCAAAUUAUCGGUCUUUUCAUCUUUCGUCUCAGGCCUGGUUUCACAUUCCACAUAAAUUAAAAGUUUACCUCUUUUCUUUGACGCACCUUCUUCUUCUUGUUGGUUACCACCAUUUUCACCAAGCAUGGCUGUUCUUCAAGUAAACAAACAGAAGGAAAAGCGAGGAAGGGCACCGAAAGUGAAUGGAAUAAAAAAGGUACCGAGUAACCUUUCUGUGAAGUCUGAAAGCCACACAUCGAAGAGAGCCAAAAUUGAUGACCUAUAUGAUAAUGAGGAAGUUAAAUCUGAUGUCAUGAUGCGAGCGAAAGAAAUUCAAUCUAAUCUAUCACCUGAACUCCCUAGCAUCAUAAAGCAUAUGCUACCCUCGAAUGUUACCAGAGUAUUUUGGCUGCAUUUUCCUAAGAGAUUUUGUGAAGCAUAUUUGCCGAAAGAGGACACUAUGAUUGUUUUGGAAGAUGAAAGGGGAAAAAUUUAUGAAACAAAAUAUCUUGCACGCAAGGUGGGCCUCAGUGCUGGAUGGAGAGGGUUCUCCAUCGAUCACAAAAUAAUGGAGGGAGAUGUUCUGAUUUUUCAUUUAGUCGAGCCUGCCAAAUUCAAGGUCUACAUUGUGAGAGUAAAUGAUUCAGAAGAAGUGGAUGGUGCUCUUGCCCUUUUGAAAUUGGAAGCUGGUGUCAAACAAAUGGGUCCUAUCAAUAGUUCAGAAGUGGAUGGUGCCCUUGGCCUUUUAAAAUUGGAAGCUGCUAUUAAACAAAUGACUCCUAUCAAUGAAGCAGUUCAUGUAGAAAAACUGAGCAAGGUAAGCGAAGAGAUGGAAGAUCUGGAUUUCGAACAUCUAUCGCUUGACAAUCCUGAAAAGAACAAUGAAAAGAACGUCAAGUUGGCCUGUCUUACCACCUUUGGGCCUAUAUCAGAUCUUUAUGAAUAUGAAAGUGAAGAUCUUGGCUCGGAAACUACAGAUGGAAUCAGAUUGUCAAAAUCUGCUGUUGAUUUUAAAGAAGUGAAAUGUUUCGAGGAUUUUGACAUUCUUGUAAAUGGCUUAGUAAUUAGCAGUGAGCUCUCCAAACCCCUUCAAACCAAGUAUUAUAAGCUUUGCUGCAGUCAAAAUUCCUUUCUCCAUGACCAUCUUCUUGAUGGCCUUAACUGUAAACUGGUUGUUGGAAUGCUUUCCGAGACUAUCAAUAUUGCAGAUGCCAUUAGAGCUUCAAAGCUUACUAAUUCUCUGGAAAGCUUUGCAAUUUGGGAGAAGACUCUGAAAGCCUUUGAAGGCUUAGGAAUGAAUGUCGGUUUUUUGCUUGCUAGGUUGGGACAGCUUAUGCAUCUAUCUGCUAAAUCAAAGAGGUAUGAGGAAGCUACUCUGCAAAGAGUGAACGCCAAGGAGGAGAUGACAACUCUUAAGGCAAAGCUUUUGGAAGUGAAAGACACUAUAAAUAGGCUAGGCGUUGAGAUUGAGAAAUUAGUGGUGGAUUCUGAGAAUCUAGAGCUUAAGUUCCAAGAAGUGGCUAAAGCCCCAUGGUGAUGAAAUGACUGGCUUGUUUCUAGUUUUUGUCGGGGAACAAACCCAUUUAUGUCACAGUGUUUUCAAUGUUUUUGUGAAGCAUUCAUUCACCACUCAGAAUGUAUCCCUAAAUACCAGAAGAAAGCAAGAUUAAGUGAUAUAUUACAAGAAAAUUUUGUGGAGCC